GGCGGAGGAGGAAGUGUCAUGGCGUCGGGCCGUGGAGCUUCUUCUCGCUGGUUCUUUACUCGGGAACAGCUGGAGAACACGCCGAGCCGCCGCUGUGGAGUGGAAGCGGAUAAAGAGCUCUCGUACCGCCAGCAGGCGGCCAACCUCAUCCAGGACAUGGGACAGCGUCUCAAUGUCUCUCAGCUUACAAUAAACACUGCGAUUGUUUAUAUGCACAGGUUUUACAUGCACCAUUCUUUCACCAAAUUCAAUAGAAAUAUAAUAUCGCCUACUGCAUUAUUUUUGGCUGCAAAAGUGGAAGAACAGGCCCGAAAACUUGAACAUGUUAUCAAAGUAGCACAUGCUUGUCUUCAUCCUCUAGAACCACUGCUGGAUACUAAAUGCGAUGCUUACCUUCAACAGACUCAAGAACUGGUUUUACUUGAAACCAUAAUGCUACAAACCCUAGGUUUUGAGAUCACCAUUGAACACCCACACACAGAUGUGGUGAAAUGUACCCAGUUAGUAAGAGCAAGCAAGGAUUUGGCACAGACAUCCUAUUUCAUGGCUACCAACAGUCUACAUCUUACAACCUUCUGUCUUCAGUACAAACCAACAGUGAUAGCAUGUGUGUGCAUUCAUUUGGCUUGCAAAUGGUCCAAUUGGGAGAUUCCUGUGUCAACUGAUGGAAAACAUUGGUGGGAAUAUGUGGAUCCUACAGUUACUCUAGAAUUACUAGAUGAGCUAACACAUGAGUUUCUACAAAUAUUGGAGAAAACACCUAGUAGGUUGAAGAGGAUUCGAAACUGGAGGGCUAAUCAGGCGGCUAAGAAACCAAAAGUAGACGGACAAGUAUCAGAGACGCCACUUCUUGGUUCAUCUUUGGUCCAGAAUUCCAUUUUAGUAGAUAGUGUUACUGGUGUGCCGACAAACCCAAGUUUUCAGAAACCAUCUACAUCAGCAUUUCCUGCACCAGUACCUCUAAAUUCAGGAAAUAUUUCUGUUCAAGACAGCCAUACAUCUGAUAACUUGUCAGUGCUAGCAACAGGAAUGCCAAGUACCUCAUACAAUUUGUCAUCACACCAAGAAUGGCCUCAGCAUCAAGAAUCAGCAAGGACAGAACAGAUAUAUUCCCAGAAACAGGAGACAUCUUUGUCUGGUAGCCAGUACAACCUCAACUUUCAGCAGGGACCUUCUAUAUCACUGCAUUCAGGAUUACAUCACAGACCUGACAAAAUUUCUGAACACUCUUCUGUUAAGCAAGAAUAUACUCAUAAAACAGGGGGCAGUAAACACCAUGGGCCAAUUUCUACUACUACUGGAGUGAUUCCUCAAAAAAUGUCUUUAGAUAAAUAUAGAGAAAAACGUAAGCUAGAAACCCUUGAUUUGGAUGUGAGGGAUCAUUAUAUAGCUGCCCAGGUAGAACAGCAACACAAACACAUCCAGUCACAGGCAGCCAGUAGCAGUUCUGUAACUUCUCCCAUUAAAAUGAAAAUUCCAAUCACAAAUACUGAAAAACCUGACAAACACAUGGCAGAUAAAAAGGAAAAGAGUGGAUCACUAAAGUUACGGAUUCCAAUACCACCCACUGAUAAAAAUGCCAGUAAGGAAGAACUGAAAAUGAAAAUAAAAGUUUCUUCCUCCGAAAGACACAGCUCUUCUGAUGAAGGCAGCGGGAAGAGCAAGCAUUCAAGCCCACACAUUAGCAGAGACCACAAGGAGAAGCAUAAGGAGCAUCCUGUAAACCGCCAUCACCCUAGCAGUCACAAGCAUUCCCACUCACACAGUGGCAGCAGCAGUGGUGGCAGUAAACAUAGUGCUGAUGGAAUAGCACCCACUGUUCUGAGGAGUCCUGUUGGCCUGAGCAGUGAUGGCAUUUCCUCUAGUUCCAGCUCUUCAAGAAAGAAGCUGCAUAUCAAUGAUGCAUCUCACAACCAUCACUCCAAAAUGAGCAAAAGUUCCAAAAGUUCAGGUGGGCUACGGACAUCUCAGCACCCUCGUGAAACUGGACAAGAAGCCAGUGGAGACCAACGGUCCUGAUGUCAAUCACGAGUACAGUACAAACAGCCAGCAUAUGGACUACAAAGACACAUUCGACAUGCUGGACUCGCUGUUAAGUGCCCAAGGAAUGAACAUGUAAUCAUUUGUUUAGGUCAAUUUUUUCCUUUACUUUUUUUAUUUAAAAAUUUGUUAGAAUGGAAAACUUCUUCUGAUCUAGCAGUGGUAACACCCACUAUUGCUGCCACUGCUUCAAUAUUUGUAAGUGCUGCUUUAUUCUUCAUUCUGAAAAGAAGAGAAUUAUAGUAAACAAGUCUUUAUCUCCACAUAUGAUAGUGUUAUAAAUACUGUAAAAGCAUGGAAGGUGCAAAACUCAGUAUUUCUACAAUUGCAGCUAAGAACAUUAGAAGGAAUGGCUGGCUGCUUCUAGGAAUAUAAGAUGCCUCAAGCAUUUGUUAUUUAUAAUUUGAAUACUGUAGCUAUUUUGUUGCUUGGCUUUUGAAUGAGUGUAAAUUGUUUUCUUUCGUGUAUUUAUAUUUGUAUGUAUGAUUUGCAUGUUUCAAUGACAAAGGGAUAAAACAGUAUACUGACAACUGUUUACAAGAAAGUGGAGAAAAAUGUACAUACAUUUUUGUAUGUUUAGAUAUUACCAUAAAUACUCAGGAUUGGAGCUGCUUGUAAGUAUAACAAUAUACAGAAUAAUUUUAUUUUAUCUCGUCAGAGUCCAUCACUAAUCUAAAAAGGUGGCACUUUUUCAUGUUAACCUUAAACUCUAGGCCUUACUGGAAGCCACUGAAGGGGGACACUUCACUACCAGAUGGGGAUGCCGUGCCAUAGAUGGUCACUUAUACUGGGAGGCACUGAAUUUUUGCCUUCAAAGGUUCUGACCAGAUUGGCUGUGCAAAUAGCCCCUAAUUUUCUGAAGGCUUGAAGAGGAAAAAAUAAAGUUUACAUACUCUUGAUGUGAAGUGCAUUUAAAUGUUUGUUGGCUUGUUGCAGUACUAUAAACACAGAACUGUUAAUAAUGGUUAUGUAGAUUACUGUGAUUUGAAAACUAAAUUCACAAAAACUUACAUAGUAAAGAGUUAGUAAGUUUUUUUCUUAAAGAACUUUAACACUACAUAUUGUAACAGUAAGCAGGGAUCGCUUUUCCUUUAGCAAUCAGAAUGACACCAUAUUCUUGAACAUACACCUCCCCUGAAGUGUGUUUGUGUGUGAUGCCAUAUUUCUUUUUCAGGUAAAUACAGUCUUCCUUAUAAAAAUGAAUUAAACCUAUUACUCUCUCAGUUCUUUUAUAUUCUAACAAUAAAUAAAAAGAUUGCUGACUGUGCAUUGUACCUGUAUUUGUAGCUUGUGACUGUUACCAGGAAGCGCUAACAGGGGGGGAAAUGGUCAGCCUCCAGGUAGAAUGGCUAAUAAAGGUUUUACAUUUGUUUGCACAUUUUAGUAUAUUCAUAUUGAGGUCAAAUUUGCACAGUUUUGUGACUUCUGAACAAACAAUAGAAUUUGACUUGUCAAAAAUUGUUAUCAGUAAUAAUGGCUCUUGUUUAUCAGCUAAUACUGAAUUUACUCUGUGGUAAAUCUUUGAGUUCUUGACUAUCUUUGAGAUGGGUUGAAUUCAACUUCUGUUGAGCUGAAAACUGUCUUUUUCCUCUUUGUAUAUGAAUUAUUUUUGUUACAAAGCCACUGAUAUGUGCACAAUUGUAAUUUUACUCGUUGCAGUUGUAAAUAUUAGAGUUUAAUCUUGUGCUCUACUUUUAUUUAGCAAUUACCUAAUUUGCCAGUAACUUUAUAAUUUUUUAAAGAUAAUUGUUCAUUAUUUUGUCAAUGUUUUUGAACUUAGGAUACUAGGAGCCUCAUUGGAGGGACUUUGCCUAGCUAGCAUGUCCUAACAUUUGUCCUUGUCUUGCAUAACUUUAGUAAUCUGUGUCAUUACAUGUAACUUUGUUACUCUGUAUGACAUUAUUGUAUCCAUAAACAUGGUAAUUUUGAUACAGUUAUACUUUUACAGUGGUACAAUAAUCCAAGGACUAGUAUAGAAUUAAGCUAAGUGCAAGAUGAGGGAGGGAAGGGUUUUGUUCUUGGUAAUUUAGAUGUGAAACUUCUAAGGAGCUAUCAUGUGAAACACAUAGGUGGUUGUGCUACUGUGUAAUUGGGGAUGAUACUACCAGGAAUUUUAAUAAGAUUUUGUAAAGAAUAUCCAGAAAAGUAGUGAAUUUAUUUUCAGUAUGACAUAGAAAACAAUGUGAAUAUUUAAGGUCUGUGACUAUACUUAAACUUCACUAAGAAUUUGCAGAAUUGUUUUGAGAUGUGGGAAUAAAGGUAAUUUUGUUGAAUCUUUAUUGGUGCUAAUGAUGGACAGUUAAAAAGGUAGCUAGUGUAUAUUGUUAUGGGUCAGUACUUAUUAGUACUUCCGAAAUUAAAUUUGAAAUGCUAUGUAUUCACUUUUCACUCUGUAAAUGUAAUUCUUUACAAUGACUUUAUUUAUUAAAGGGCAGCCAGUUGUAAUUU